AGGGACUUGGAGGCUUGGGCCAGGUGAAGACUAAUCCAUCAUGGACCAGGCGAUGACAUUCGUGAAUCCCGGCAGGCAGUUCGCCAAGGAUUCCAUCCGGCUCGUGAAACGCUGCACAAAGCCCGACCGCAAGGAGUUUCAGAAGAUCGCAAUAGCGACGGCAAUUGGCUUUGCCAUAAUGGGCUUCAUCGGUUUCUUCUUCGUGAAACUCAUCCAUAUUCCCAUCAACGACAUCAUUGUUGGCAGUUAAGAUCAACUGGAGUUCUACUUUGAAAGAAAUGCUGUCACUUCUCGAGUUAAUACCAUAAUGUUGC